AUGAAGGAAGAAACCCAACAGUUUGAUGUGGCGUCCCAUUUUGUUAGCAUUCUUGAAAAGGACGAUAAUUUAUCUCCGGGUAUAGCAGCCAUAAAAACGCUUCUAAUGGUACUGGAAAAAACUAAAUUUGAUACGGUGCAGGAGUUUCAUUCGACUCUCCAGGCAGCUGUGGGAGCUAUGCGUAAAACGGACAAACCGAUGACAUCGGUCGUCUCCGGGACGGAGCUUUUCACUCGAUUCAUUACGUUGGCGAAGAUCGACGACAACACCAUGGACGAAGUGCGAAACAUUAUGCUGAAUAGGGGAAAAAUGUUUCUGGAAAAGUUGCUGGAAAGCAGGAACGUGAUUGCCAAGCAGGCCAUUACUUUCAUCACCGAAGGAUGCCGCAUUCUUACACACGCACGAUCACGAACUGUUCGAGAGGCACUGAUACUGGCGGCUCAAAACAACAAACGAUUCCACGUAUUUGUGACGCACAGUGCGCCAGAUCAUCAUGGCGAGCAAAUGGUGAGAGAGCUAGAAAAUGCAGGAAUCGACUGUACGCUAAUACUCGACACGGCCAUUGGGUAUGUGAUGGAAACGGUGGAUAUGGUGCUGGUCGGUGCUGAAGGCGUUGUCGAAAGCGGUGGCAUUAUCAAUCGUAUCGGUACUGUCACGAUGGCGAUCUGUGCCAGGGAGAUGAAGAAACCGUUCUACGCGUUGGUGGAAAGUUUUAAAUUCUGUCGACUGUAUCCACUAAACCAGCGGGAUCUACCGAAUGAGUACAAGUACAACAAGAAAAAUCUCAAGGAUACGGCAAAGGUACACCCGAUGGUUGAUUAUACACCGCCCGGAUACAUCACUUUACUGUUUACUGACCUCGGCAUUCUGGCACCUAGUGCUGUUAGUGAUGAGCUAAUCAAAUUGUAUCUGUAG